CGGGAGUCAUGGGAGCUGUGACAGCUGUCAGUCCAUGAGUUGGGCUGGCUCUCAGCUCAGGGCAGUAUGCUUAUGGACAGGAAUCUCACACCAACAGUCAUGAACAGAGGUGCCAACUGCACAGAUCAUCUACUGGCUCCGGGAAUCCCGUCGGUACCGCACGCGUGGGGACUGUGGGUCCUCUUAGGGGUUGUCACUCUGCUGCUUCUCAUCUCACUGGCCACACUCUUGUCCCAGUGGAUCAGUGGCCGGAACAGGAACCAGCAGGCUCAGGGACUUUCUGGACAGUCUGUGGAAGAAGUCCCCUUGUAUGGGAACCUCCACUAUUUACAGACAGGACAGCUGUCUCAAGAGACAAGGCUAGAUUCGCAGGAUCCAUCUUCUGGAUUGCCUGACAGGGCUGUAGAGGAGGUGAUGUGCUAUACCAGCCUGCAACUGCGACCUUCUCAAGGUCGGAUCCCCAGCUCUGGGAUGCCCAUCAAGUACUCGGAGGUGGUGCUGGACUUGGAGCCCAAGCCCCAGACUUCAGGCCCUGAACCGGAGCUCUAUGCCUCCGUGUGUGCUCAGACACGGAGAGCCCGGGCUUCCUUCCCAGAUCAGGCCUAUGCCAACAGCCAGCCUGCACCUAGCUGAGGAGGGCCUGGCACCGUGGGUACCCAUGGCUCUUCUGCUGGGUUAAGGGGCUCCUGCUGCCCUGGCUAAGGCAUACCUGGGUCUCAACCACCCCCUAGUACAUUGAGCCAUUGCCUAGUGACAGGUGGUGACCUACCCUGAACUUUGUAAGUUGCAAAGGAGACAUCUUAGGGUACUAAGGCCCCUGACUUCUGAGGAUGGAGGCAGCAAAGGCAGUGGCCCCCUCCUCACUUCUCUUUGUUCUCCUGUAAGCCUCCCAAAUCCCAGGUUCACCACCACUCCUCCUCUUUCUCCUCCUCCUUCCGGAGUUUAAGGGUUCCCCCCUCUCCCCUUCCUCUCAGCUUACCCAGACAUCUCAGUGUCUCCUCAGGUGCAGGAAGUGGGCAGGGAGGAGGAGUUGGGGGAGGAGGAAGUAAGAACCAGAGAGGAUGUGGGUGUAUGUCAUGCAUGGGAGCCCAUAGCUGGAAGGGUCUUGGGACCUAGUCUUGG